AUGGCAGGAAUUACUUGGCACUAUGUCCUGAAGUUUAUCAUUACAGGCGAUGCUGGAGUGGGCAAGUCAUCUUUACUUAUCCGCUUGACAGACCAACGUUUUCUUGCGAACCCCGACCCAACUCUAGGAGUAGAAUUCGGCUCGAAACUAAUUGAGAUACCCGAAGAAGGGAAGGUUAUCAAGCUUCAAUGUCCGUCUCCUUCUCCGUUCCCCUCUGACACGUCAAUUACACGGUCAUACUACCGUGGUGCCGCGGGCUGCUUGCUGGUCUAUGACGUGACAUCUCGAAAAAGUUUUAAAAACGCGCAGUCUUGGCUUGCAGACGUACGAGAGCAUGCUGACCCUCAUUUAACUUGCAUACUGGUCGGAAAUAAAAUUGAUCUAUGCAACGAAGAAGGAGAAGGCUCGUCGAAUCGACAAAGAGAAGUUUCAACGGACGAAGCGGACGAAUGGGCGAGGAAAGAGGGAUUGCUAUUCUUGGAAGCAAGCGCGAAAUCGGGGAGCAACGUUGAUUUGGCAUUUGAGAAAGCUUCGUGCGAUAUCCUUCAUAAGAUCAAUCGUGGCGUUUUUGAUGAUAAUCGGUCCCCAGGAGUGAAGCUGUCAAACCCAACGAAUGGAAGCGUCGCCCUGAAUCAAGCCUCAAAUAAACAGGGAUGCUGUUCAUGA